AUCAUGAUUUAUCGCGAAGCUUAAAGGUUGUUAGGCCGAAGUAAUUGUUGACGGAGGUGUGUGCGUGUGUGUUAGUGUGUUAUUUUUUAUACUGGCCUUAGUGUGGAUAUAACAGCUGUGACAGAUAGUAUUCCUGGAAUAACUUCUCAACGGAUUGACUCCAGGGCAUGCCAGAGCAAUGGGCGCUUAUGCUGAAGAACUCCAACAUUAGCAAACAAGAACAGAAGAAAAAUCCUCAGGCAGUGCUUGAUGUGCUCAACUGGUUCGACAAUAGCAGCAAACAACGACCCAGCUCCAAGUAUAUGACCCAUGGUCUGCAUACCACAACGCACUCUGCAUCGUCCAUAGGUUCCUCGCUGAGCCGAGUCAGCAGCAGUAGCCCGAGCAGCACCCCGACGGAUUCGGAGUCGCACGGUCCUGGCGUCAACCAGGUACAUCUGUCCAGUUCCCACUCGCAGGCGUACAGUUUGGGACCGCUAUCGUCGCACCACAACUCGACCGGUGAGCGAGACAGCGACGAACUCGGCGGACUCAGCAGCGGGGGUAGCAUCAGUGGCAAUGGCAUUCCACCGCCCAUCGCCAGCCGACCCGAGCGGACAAAGUCUAUCUACACGAGGCCUAUCGAUGAACCGACGCCGAUCUCGCCGCCAAUACCUCCACAUCUCAGUAGCAACGCGACGACCGGCGUCCGCAGUCCCACGUUCGAUAAGAACAAAAACUCGACGACGAUCCUCACAUCGACGGUAAACACCAACUCGACUACGGCAGCGACGGCUCAAACUCCGACCGCCGCCUGCAAUCUGAGCAACGCCAAUAAUCAACUGCAAGCAACACCAAUGGGCACAACGACGACGGCAGUGCCUCAAGUAGGAGGAGGUGGAGGCGGAGUAGUUACGACGACACCGACGGCUAAUACUGAACCUAGUACGCAGCAGCGCGCAAAUCUAAAAAAGAAGAAAAUGUCCGACGAGGAGAUUCUCGAGAAACUUCGAACUAUCGUCAGCGUGGGUGAUCCGAAGCGGAAGUACAACAAAAUGGAGAAGAUUGGUCAGGGUGCGUCGGGAACAGUGUACACAGCAAUCGAAAGCUCAACCGGCAUGGAGGUUGCCAUCAAACAGAUGAACCUCAGCCAACAGCCCAAGAAGGAGUUGAUCAUCAACGAGAUCUUGGUGAUGCGAGAGAACAAACAUCCGAAUGUGGUCAACUAUCUAGACAGCUAUCUGGUGUCCGAAGAGCUUUGGGUAGUGAUGGAGUAUCUGCCGGGUGGAUCACUGACCGAUGUCGUCACCGAAACGUGCAUGGAUGAGGGUCAAAUAGCGGCAGUGUGCCGGGAAGUGCUACAGGCACUGGAAUUCCUUCACAGUAACCAGGUGAUUCAUCGGGACAUCAAGAGUGACAACAUCCUGUUGGGACUGGACGGUAGCGUGAAGCUGACCGAUUUCGGUUUCUGUGCACAAAUUUCACCCGAACAAUCCAAGCGAACGACAAUGGUUGGCACUCCGUAUUGGAUGGCACCGGAGGUGGUCACGCGGAAGCAGUAUGGACCAAAGGUUGAUCUCUGGUCGUUGGGAAUCAUGGCAAUUGAAAUGAUCGAAGGUGAACCGCCUUACUUGAACGAGAAUCCUUUGCGGGCCCUCUACCUGAUUGCUACGCACGGCAAACCAGAAAUCAAGGAAAAGGAAAGGCUCAGUCCUGUGUUUCAGGAUUUUCUCGACCAGUGCCUAGAGGUGGACGUAGAUCAGCGAUCCACCGCAUUUGAGCUGCUAAGGCAUCCGUUUCUGAAACUGGCCCGACCACUGGCAAGCCUGACACCGCUGAUUAUGGCCGCAAAGGAAGCUACCAAGGGCCACUGAGAUGAGGCGAAAGCCACCGACAAGGAGGGCGAUACCGAAUCGAAGGAAGCACUUGCCACGGCUGUUUCCUAAAAACCAGUGCUGGUGUGUUUGUUUGUAUGCAGGUUUGUGGAUGUCGGAGCUGGUAGGCCGCUAUCGACCGCAAUCGUAGGCCGCUGUGCAGUGCUGCCGUACUGACACAUGUGAUUGAUGCUUUAAUGCGAUGGGCUAAUAUCUACACAUAACAAGUCAAGGCACAUGUGAUGACUGAUGGAUGCACGCGUGGGCGCAAAGCGUUUGAAAGAAGAGAGCGAACGAAAAAGUCAACCAAUAUUAGACCCAUAAGAAAAAAUAAUAAUUUAGUGCAAGUACUACAUAUAUUUAAAACAUGUUACAAUUAAGCAGAAAAGUCUAAGAGAGUUGUUAAUAUGGAAGCAAGCUCUUCCCAGGCGGAACAAUAACAGAGAGAGAAACAACAAUAGCAAAAAUGUGUGGACAUUUGAACGCUAAACAAAAUACAAAACAACGUAAAUCAAGCGAAUGAGUGUACGAUAUUGUUUGGUAGCGUAGUUCAUCGUAGUCUCAAACAAUUGUAAAAAAACUGUGUGAAUGUAUAUAUAGAGUACAAAUGGUGUAGAAUCAGAUGAAAUGCAAAAAGUGACAUUUUUGCGCCUAAUUUCGACCAUCGUGUCCUUUCUCACGGAUGGUCAUAUGACUGAUACGUGUUUAGGAGCCAGAAGCAGUAUACAGCAUGUUCAAGUUCGCUCAAACGCAUACUACGAGUAAAGACAAAUCUUAAACAAACAUAGGAACGAGAUUGACAAAAUUACAUCAAACCAAACAAAAAAAUGAAAAGUGCCUACACCAAGUGUAUGUGUCAGCAAAAUAUUAAACUAAACAGCAGAGCAAGGAAAACACGAUUUAAAUUAUUUAACCACUAUUUAUGUGUGAGCUAAUUGCGAAACGAGGACAAAAGUUUACAAUCUAAUAUUCAAACAAUACAAGUAUUACCUGUCAUUUAGAUACCA